AUGCCACCUAGAAACAAGGUACUACUCAUAGGAGCGACUGGGUAUGUGGGCGGGACUGUAUUGGAUCGUUUGAUCAAGGAUACAAGCCAGAGUCUGAAAGAUGUUGCGAUUGAUGUCUUAGGCCUCACGGACGAGGAUUUCAUUAUCAAUACGACAGCGAAUUACGAUAUUGUUAUCAAUGCGGGAUCUGGGUUCUUCCCUGCCGGUGCCGUGGCCUUUAUCGAGGGCCUCGCUCGUCGUGCGAAGAAUGGCGAGAGGGCACCAUGGAUGAUACGCAUUGAGGGCUGCACCAACUUGUCAGACUUGCCCAUCACGGGCGAACCUUUUCCAGAGAGAAAAUGGGAUGACGCGGAUGGCAAUGCAAUCUACGAGUUUCUCAAGUCGGAGGACGAGAAGAGCCCGUAUCUACAACGCACGGCCGAGGUGGCAGUCCUUUCCCGAGCUGAAGAGACGGGCGUCCAAGCUGUCAGUUAA